AUGGUUGUCCAAUGAACAUGUUCUAUGCCGUGCUGGGUAUUGCCGUCCUCGUCUCUUUGCUCAUCGUCGCCCGGUUCUUUUAUGGGAAGCGAGUCGGUGUCCCGCGAAAUACGUCCGUCAGUCUCCUGGUGGUGGCUGGUUCAGGAGGGCACACCACAGAAAUCCUGAGGUUACUUGGUAGUCUUUCCCAGUCCUAUUCUCCUAGGCAUUAUGUUUUGGCUGAUUCAGAUAAGAUGAGUGAAGACAAAAUCCGUUCAUUUGAACGAAAAAAAGCAGAGACCUCUCCCAGUUCUUUGUUCACCCUCAAUCGCAUUCCCAGAAGCCGGGAGGUCCGUCAGUCAUGGAGCUCUUCGGUGCUAACAACCAUCCGUUCCGUCGUUUAUUCUCUUCCUUUGACCUUCAGACUGAAGCCAGACAUGGUGCUGUGCAAUGGACCAGGAACAUGUGUCCCAAUCUGCAUAUCUGCUCUUCUCCUGAAGCUGCUAGGACUAAAGAGAGUGACCAUUGUGUAUGUCGAGAGCGUCUGCCGUGUGGAAAACUUAUCUCUGUCUGGAAAGAUCCUUUACCACUUUUCAGAUCACUUCUUUGUUCAGUGGCCUGCUCUGAAAGAAAAAUACCCCAAGUCUCACUAUCUUGGGCGAAUAGUAUGACAACAAACGUUAACAGGGGUUAAGACCACCACUGAAUUCCUUAGCAAUGGAACCUGCUCUUAUGUUACCUGUCCAUUGCACCCAGCUUCAGCAGAGGAUUCCCUUCUCUCCCACGCCUGUCAUGGAGCCCACAAGGAACAGAGUCAAAGGCAGACAAGCUUCCAGAACAGACCUUGCUUCAGCUGAGAAUCACCUUCAACAACACUUUUUUUGGUGGCAAAUCUGAAUUACACUUUGUGUAGAAUUUUAAAAUCUGUGAGCUGCUUGAGGAGCCACUUUGGGGUUGAAAGGCAGGACAAAAGUGUAAUAAAGUGCCACACAUUUUUAUGGGGGCUGCAUAAAUCCAGUUUGUGGUGUCACUUUAUGUCUGCAGAUAUUCUUUUUCCCAGGCCAC